AUCGCCAUGGAUGCAACUGCAAUUCCCCCCCAGGCAAUUCUUUUGGACAAGUUUAACCAAGUGCUCGCGUUCCGUUGUAUCACGGCCUUUGGCACUUUGGGGGUUGCAGACUACUUGGGCGAGCAUGGUGCGUCGACGGCCGCAACAAUUGCAUCCGCUCUGAAAUUGCAUCCCUCGGCUCUCUUCCGUUUGCUGCGCGCGUGUGCCAACGUCGGUGUCGUGACGCAGUCGUCUCCCCACGAGACUGAAUCUGUCUUUGGCUUGACCCCCGUUGGAGCAUGCCUCCAAUCGACCGAUCAUGUCUCUCUUUGCAACGUGUUGAACGCGUGGGCUCAGCCCAGCCAUUGGCAGCCACUUGAGCAUUUUGAAGCCUCCAUCAAGACUGGUCAAGCAGCCACCUACGCUGCAUACGGAUCCGACAUUUGGACGUACUACCAACAGCAUCCGCAAGAACACACUACGUUUGCAGCAUCCAUGUCGGCCAUGUCAGAGAUUAUUUCCAAGGCCAUCCUCGCAACCAUUGCGGUGGACAACGCGUCCGUGAUUGUUGAUGUCGGUGGCUCCAAGGGCACCCUUCUCUCGGCAGUGUUGACCAAGGCACCCCACGAUGUCCGUGGUAUUCUCUUCGAUCUCCCGCAUGUUGUCGCGUCACCAGCGACAUUGGCCACAUACGAGACUGGUCACCGGAUUACGGCGACUGCUGGCAGCUUCUUCGAGUCGGUGCCACGAGGGGACAUCUAUUUGAUCAAGCAGAUUCUCCACGACUGGGAUGAUGCCAAGUGCAUUUCGAUCUUGAAAACUGUCGUUCAAAAUGCUGUGAGAGGAGCGCGUGUUCUGGUGAUUGAGCUCCUACUGAGCUCGACCGUCAAGCCAGCGGCGGCAAUCGGAGAGCUGUUGACACCCAGUAUUUUCAUGGACAUGAACAUGUUGGUUAUGUGCAAUGGCCAAGAACGCACGGUAGAGCAAUACGCCGCGCUGUUUGCCCAAGCUGGGCUUGUGUUCUCCAAGGCCACCCCCACUCCAUCACACUACGUGAUCAUAGAAGGGCUCGUCGAGUAACGGGAUGCUUGAUCCCAGUCACGACACAGCUCCAUGCCGUUUGUUGACCAUAUCAUGAACCAACCCGAGCACCCCAGUCUCUGUCAUGCAGAAAUGAAUCCCUCUUUCG